GAAAAGAAGUGAUCUUGAGAACAUUUUUUUUUUUUUUUUUUUUUUCUAUCGUUACAUGUAUCCCCUUUAGAAUAGUAUAUAUUUUUCCUACAAAGUUUUUUCAUACGAUUAUAAAUAACGAAGAUAAAUAUUUAGAUAUUCCUAAAUAGUAGAAUAAAUAUAAUAUUGAAUAUAAUUGUUCUUUGUAAUUAUAACAAUGAAAUAAUUGUUUACACAAGUGCAACUUGUUUAUACAGUUAAGUAUAUUUCAAGCGCUUGUUGUAAAACACAUUUUCGCACGCUUUUAAUUUCAAUUGCAAUUGAAUCAUUGAGGAUAUAUAUAUAUAUUUACAAUUACCUUUCAAAAAGCAAAACGUAUUUUACGUUUUGUAUAUGGUCGAUUAAAAAAAAAAAAAAAAAAAAAAAAAAAAAAUACAUAAAGAAAAAAAAUUUCAUAUCAAAGUCACGGCGGAGCGCAAUUAUUGAUUAUAAUAAUUUUUGCGAAAUAUCAUUUUAAAUCGAAUUAGAUGAAUUUGUAUUAAAUCUUGUUUCUCGACUUCAAGCUCGUUAACAUAUUUUGUGAAUAAACAUCAUAUAUUGAUACAUAUUGGAUAUUUAAAACAUUAAUACUUGUAUUACAUAUAAGGAAUGUAUAGUUCGCGAUUGAAUCUAAGGAUAUUUAAUUAUUGAAUUAAUAUGUUUAUAAUAAGAAUCAAUUUUUACAAAAAUACUUUUCUUAUGAUAAUAUUAAUGCAUGAUAUUCCAAGAUUUUCCAGCUUCCUUAAUAUAUUUUCUAAAUAGAAAUAAAUAUGUCGCUUGAAUUUGGACCAUAUAAAGUUUCGUUAAAAUGUUUUUUAGGAGUAGAGUUGUAACAAUGAAGAGGAAAAGAAAAAAAAAAUAAUGAGACAAAAUUUGUCUCCUGACUAAUAUGAUGCAAAAUAAAAAUCAUUAUAAUCGAUUAUUAUCGUCAGUCUAUUUCGAAGUGUGUCGAUUAAGAUUAUGUGACGUCAUAGUUUCGUUCGAUAUGUUUCGUAAAAGAAUCGCAGAGUGGCGCUAGUGUCUAUCGUAUACAAAGAUGGCUGCCAUCCCCACGAGGCAUCAUUUAAAACGAGCUCGUGUUUAUUGAUGUAUCUCGAUCGGUAUAAACAUUGAGGUUAGAAAAAUGGUACUAAGUAAAAUAUUUGUACGAAAUCGUGCACUUGGUUACGUUAGUAAUCAUAUACCCGUGGUAACUAGAUAUAUUCAAAGAAGAAAAGAAAAUCUUUUGGUUACUUGCGUUGGAAAAGAAUUUCAUACUUAUGGAUGUGCACAUUUUACUCUUCUCAGUGUAUCCGGAACUCAUCCUGACGAAAUAACUUGUUUAUCUGCAGACACAUAUCACAUUUAUACCGCCGCAAAAAAUAUUAUAUAUGCAUGGAGAAGAGGUACGGAAUUAAAACAUGUUUACAAAGGUCACGAAUAUUCUAUACAUAUUAUAUUACCUUUUGGACCACAUUUAAUUUCCGUCGAUGAGAAUAGUAAUGUUAAAGUUUGGGAUAUAAAAACAGAAGAAUUAAUAUUAGAAUUGAACUUUUCUAAUGAAAUAUUUCAAAUAACUACAUUGAUACAUCCGAUUACCUAUAUGAACAAAGUUUUGUUUGGUAGCCAACAAGGAUAUUUACAAUUGUGGAAUUUAAAAACAACAAAGAUGAUUUAUACUUUCAAAGGAUGGAAUAAUACUAUUACCGCAUUAGAGCAAGCACCUGCGAUAGAUGUUGUAGCUGUAGGUCUAUCCGAUGGAAGGAUUAUGUUACAUAAUCUUAAAUAUGACGAAACGAUCUUUGAAUUGAUUCAAGAUUGGGGUGCUGUAAUAUCUAUAACAUUUCGUACCGAUGAUCAUCCAAUUAUGGCUACUGGAAGUUUAAAUGGACAUAUUGUAUUUUGGAAUCUCGAGCAAAGAAAAGUUGAAAGCCAAUUGAACAAAGCUCAUUUUGAUUCUGUAACAGGUUUAAAAUAUCUACCGAAUGAACCAUUAAUGGUUUCAUCCUCGCCUGAUAAUUCCUUAAAAUUAUGGAUUUUUGACUUGGCCGAUGGUGCUGGAAGAUUAUUGAAAAUAAGAGAGGGACAUUCAUUACCACCUACGAUCGUUCGUUUUUAUGGCAACAAUAGCGAUAAUAUAUUAACUGCAGGAGGUGAUUCAUCGCUUAGAAUAUUCUCUACUAUUACCGAAACAUUUAAUAAAAGUUUAGGAAGAGCUUCUUUUAAUAGAAAAGCUACUAAGAAGAAAGGUAGAUCGAUAGAAGAUCCAUUGAUAAUGCCUCCAAUAAUAAAUCUGUCUUUUGAAAAAACUAGGGAAAAGGAAUGGAGCAAUAUAGUAGCUUCUCAUGCUGGUUUAGGCACAGUUACUACAUGGUCUUAUGAUUUAUUAAAGAUGGAUAAUCAUAAAUUAUUACCAGAAAGAUUUAAAAAUAAUCGUAAUGCUGUAGCAACUUGUUUGUGCCUUACAAAAUGUGGUAAUUUCGUUGUUAUUGGAUAUAAUACUGGUCAUGUAGAUCGAUUUAAUGUACAAUCAGGUAUUCAUAGAGCCAGUUAUGGCAAUGAAAGUGAAGCGCAUAAAGGUUCAGUAAAAGGUGUAAUAGUAGACGCUUUGAAUCAAACCGUUAUUACAGCUGGAAGGGAUUGCUUUAUAAAAUUUUGGAACUUUAAAUCUAAAAAUGAUACAGGACCAAGGACUAUAAUAACGCUACCUGAAUCGAUAGAAUGGUUACGGUAUCACAAUGAAAGUACUUUCAUGGCCGUUGCAUUGGAAGAUUUCUCAGUGAUUUUAAUUGAUUUAGAUACUAAAAAAGUAAUGAGACAUUUUCACGGACAUAAAGGACAAUUGACAGAUGCAUCAUUCAGUCCAGAUGCAAGAUGGUUAAUCACAUCUUCUAUGGAUUGUACAAUAAGGACUUGGGAUAUUUUAUCUUCACAUUUAAUAGAUGUAUUUCAAGUUCCAGAUGCGUGUAUAUCUUUACAUUUUUCUCCUACUGGAGAAUUUCUUGUCACAUCUCAUAUGUGUAAUUUGGGAAUAUAUUUGUGGUCAAAUCGUACGAUUUAUUCUCAUGUAUCCUUAAAAGCUAUAAGGGAAGAGGAUGUAAUACCUAUAAUUAAUUUUCCUAGUUCUAUAGUGGAAGUUAAUCGACAAGAUGACGAUGACGUUAUUGAAGAUGAAUCAGAAUAUAUUUCUCCGGAACAGCUUAAUGAAAAUCUAAUUACGAUAUCCGCUUUGGCACAAUCCAGAUGGUUAAAUUUGCUUAACAUAGAUAUAGUUAAGAAAAGAAACAAACCUAAGGAGCCACCUAAAGCUCCAGAAAAGGCACCCUUCUUUUUACCAACUAUUCCCUCGUUAGAUAUUAAAUUUGAUUUUUCAGAUUUAAAAGAUCCUAUGGACGCUGAAAAAUUACGAUCUCAUAAAGAUUUUCAAAAUUUAACAAUAUUUGCCAAAUUAUUAUAUUCUACUGCAUCAAAUGAAAAUUUUUUAGAUGUUAUAAAUAAAUUAAAAUCUAUGAGCCCAAGUUCCGUUGACUUCGAAAUUCAAUCUCUUUCCUCGGAAGAAAAUAGUACAAAAUUAUUGUUACUUCAAUUUAUGAAAGUCUUGUGUUAUAUGAUGGAACGUAAAAUUGAUUUCGAAUUGACGCAAGCAUAUCUAGCAGUAUUUUUAAAAUGGCAUGGUCAAACAAUAUCUGAAAUUGAGGAAUUGAGAGAUAACUUAGAAAAAAUAGAAGAUUUACAAUCGAAAAACUGGUUUAUACUUAGAGAAAAAUUAUUCUAUAAUCUUAGUGUUGUACAGACUAUUAAAAAAAUGUAAUAUAAAUAAAAUUUA